UGCCAGUCACAUUUAAGACUCAUAAUAGACAUAAGUGCUAGUGGGAGUGGUAGGUCUUCGUCACUUUGGAAGUUCACCAUGAUUCUAAGCAGACUCCUGCUGCUCUUUCUGCUUCCUGAUUGGACAGAGAGUGUUGAAGAUGACACUGUGGACAUUAAUACUCUUGCCCGUAUUACUGACUUCUUCGAAAAGAACUAUAAGAGAGUCGAUGGAGAUGGACAUCCUCGUCAGUAUGCUUUAGCCAUCAAUGUGCCGAAGGAUCAGUGUCAACAGAACUUCAAUCAGAACAACUUUCUGACUCGAGAGAAUGCAGUGAACGUGAGAAAUGCUAUUACUGAUGACACAAACGCACUUUACCAAGGUGCAGAACUCAUCGCUGCAGGAACUAGAAAAAAGAAGAGAUACAACAUACAUUCAGAGUCUCUCCUGCUGAAUCCUGCUGGCAACUCACCCACGACCAAACUACUGAAUAAAAGAAAAGACGGCUGCUCUGUUCUCUUCUCAUUUAAUUCUCCCUGUGUUGACACGUGUCUGGAUGCAACAGGCAAACACAACAUUAUAGAUGCCCUGAAGAACUGGACAGAACACAGUGGAAUUAAAGCAUUUGUUUUUAAAGAUUUCUGGAAGUUUGACACUAAAAAAGAUCUUCAGACCAAAUUCAAGCAGAUUGUGGCUCAUGUUCCUCUCUACCGCUGUGUGAGUGAGACGCAGUGUUAUGCUUGUGAAGGGGAAGGAAACACUCCGAUAAAUGUACACUGUCUGCCUUCAAAACAGAAUUCUGAACUGUAACACCAUGCAAUUUUACCUUGUUUUUACACUGCUUUGAGCUCUUUUGUCAAACUGUGCUUCAUGCCCGUGCUCUCCCUAUUGCAAGUGCAACCUGCAAGUUUACUAUGUGUUUUGAAAAUGUUUGGAGGUGAUAACAUU